GAGAAUGAAAAUUAGUGUUUUUGUUUAAUAAAACUGUACUUAAAACUUUUAAUUUAUUAAAAUAAUUAUAUUGGUGAAUCGAGUUUACUUGUUGAACCGUAAAUAAGUAAAGAAUAUAAAGAUUUAUGUGUCAGCACUACUUUAUGUAGCGCAGAUGCUUAGCCGGAGUAUAAUCUAGGCCUAACUUUGGCGUAUACUUCGUACGAGAUGUAUUUGUAAAUUGUACACUGACGUAAAACAUCAAUGUUAGUCUACUUUUUACUCUUAGUGUUAGCGUACAGCACUAGGAUACGAGGUGUUGUCAGUGCUGUCGUUGAAUUUUUGUAUUAAAUUUAACUUUAAGAUUUAUUAAAUAAUUUUUAUAUAUACAUUUGAGCAAAGCUAGUUUAUCAAAGUGAAAGAAUGUGAUCGCUGGAAUAAUUAGUUUUUAAUACUAAUAGAUCAUUGUUUUUGUACUUCGUCUUAAGCUUACUUGUUACUACUAGUACUAAAUUAUCAGUUAGAGAAUAUUACUAAACUUACACAGCUACACGAAGCUUAAGUCACAGUACUUACAUUUAUGGAAGUUAAAUUCAAAAUUAAAACUGUAGCUGACUAGUAGUAGUAGUACUAAGACUCUUUCAAUCAUCAGUCAUGGGGAACUGUUUUGAUCGUUCUGGGAGUGGGAAUACAAAAGAUACAAAAGUCAAGAAAGACGAUGCACACGCUGGGCAAGUCCCAGUUAAGCUCGAAUCCAGUCUUCCAACAUUAAAGUUAAACAAGUUAAAGCCUGGAAUACAAACCCUUGGACAUGUACGUCAUGAUCAUCAUGAUGCUGUAAAAUUAAAAAGAGAUGGAUCAUCCUUGCACUCAGCUUCUUCGAAUUUUGACUGUACUCUUGGCGGUGUUGCAAAAAUAUAUGUUGCAUUGUAUGACUAUGAUGCCCGAACAGAUGAAGAUUUGGGCUUUAAGAAAGGUGAACACUUGGAAAUAUUAAAUGAUACUCAAGGAGAGUGGUGGUUUUCAAGAUCAAGAGCUACCAAGUUAGAAGGCUAUAUACCAUCUAAUUAUGUUGCCAAAUUAAAAUCAAUUGAAGCUGAACCAUGGUAUUUUGGUAAGAUAAAGAGAACCGAAGCAGAGAAAACGCUACUGUUGCCGGAAAAUGAACGUGGAGCGUUUCUCGUCAGGGACAGCGAAAGUCGUCAUGGUGACUUUUCUCUUUCAGUUAAAAAUGGAGACACCGUCAAGCAUUAUCGUGUCAGACAGAUGGAUGAAGGAGGCUUCUUUAUUGUUCGUCGUACAACUUUCUGUACGGUUCAGGAACUGGUGGAGCACUACAGCAAAGAUUCUGAUGGCCUGUGUAUAAACCUUCAGCAGCCUUGUAUACAGGUUAGUUGUUACCCAGCUGAUGAAACGAUGCAUUCUAACAUAAGAAUGUAAGAAACGUACGUUUAAUUCACUACAGCCACUAGCUAUAUCGAGUUGAAUGUUAGUCUCGCUAAGUGGGAAGCUUGCUCUGAUCAGAAGUUAAUAAGCAAGGGUACAAUGGAUCCCAAGGACUUCCUUGCUGAAGCUCAAAUCAUGAAGAAGCUACGUCACCCGAAGCUGGUUCAGCUCUAUGCUGUAUGUACGCUAGAAGAACCGAUUUACAUCGUCACUGAGUUGAUGAAGAAUCGUAGUUUACUGGUAUAUCUUCAAGGAAAGGGACGUGUUUUGAAGCUUCCACAGCUGAUCGAUAUAUCAGCUCAGAUAGCUGCAGGCAUGGCUUACUUAGAGUCCCAGAAUUACAUCCACAGAGAUCUGGCCACUAGGAACAUUCUUGUCGGGGAAAACAACAUGGUGAAGAUUGCGGAUUUCGGCUUAGCUCGGCUGAUUAAGGAGAAUGAAUACGAAGCAAGGGUGGGUGCACGAUUUCCCAUCAAGUGGACAGCUCCCGAAGCUGCCAACCACAGCAAGUUCUCCAUUAAGUCCGACAUCUGGUCGUUUGGUAUUUUACUUACAGAACUGGUCACUUACGGAAGGAUUCCUUAUUCUGGUAUGACCAAUGCAGAAGUUCUCCACCAAGUGGAGCACGGAUAUCGCAUGCCCUGCCCGUCGGGGUGCCCGUCGAAGUUGUACGACAUAAUGCUUGAAUGCUGGCACAAAGAUCCUCAGAAGAGGCCAACCUUUGAAACCUUGCAGUGGAAACUGGAAGACUUCUUUACUCGUGAGAGCUCGGAAUACAAGUUGGCAACGAUGGCCUGUUGAUCAGUGCACUGGAGAGAAAGUUAAUGAUUUGCAUAAUUGAAGUAGUUGCCAGAACGAUGUGAUUGAAUUGUCCAGUAAAAGUGAUGUCUGUACUAAUGAAUAGUAAGAAUGUAAUAUAUCUUAAGAUCUCACCUGAAAUGAUUCAACUGAGGAUGUCAUGCAAUAAGAUAGGCUCGUGUGAUACAGUGCCUGAUGAAGUUAUUAGAAAUCAUGAGUUACUUCACAAUCAAGGGGGUAGUGCUACCCAAUCAGCAAGUAAACCCUUCUCGAAAUAAGUUGCAACUGAGUGAAUUAAUUUCAUGGUUACCACAAAUGCUGAACAAAUUAACCACUAGGUGGAGUGAAUGGCAGCUUUGUUCAUUAGAUAAAAUUUCUUGCGAAUUAUGUCACCUUAUUUAUUUAAGUUAUUAUUUAGAGAUAUUUCAAAUUUCAUCAUUGUUUUUUUUUCUUAAACAAAGUGUGUACACAGCUGAAACUGUACAAUGAGAUCAAGAUUACAGCUGUUAACAAUGAGAUCAAGAUUACAGCUGUUAACAGAUCAAGAUUACAGCUGUUAACGAGGUUAUAAUUCUGCUGGGGUAUUUUAACUUUCGAGAUAUAGAUUGAGAAACUUUAUAUUUAACUGUGAGGGAUGGAGGUUCUUAGUUUUCUUCACCUAUUGGUCAGUGAACUUACUAGAAACAAUGCUGUUUCAGAUCUGUUGUUAACUUACAAUAGAGAAACUGUUGACAGGGUGGAGACUGGGCAACAUUUGGGUAUGAGGGAUAUAGAGAAACUGUUGACAGGGUGGAGACUGGGCAACAUUUGGGUACGAGGGAUAUAGAGAAACUGUUGACAGGGUGGAGACUGGGCAACAUUUG